AAUCGGGGCAAAACCUCUCGUCUUGUCUCUCGGCGCGGUCGCACUUCAGAAAAUGAUCAAGUCAGUUGUUCUCGCUCUGCUUCUGUUUUGCCAAUCGAUCCGCAUCGGGAAAUGCCUCCGGACGGAAGACAAAGCUCGCGAGACAAACAAAACGAGCGACGAAAUUUCACAAUACAGACCGAAAAGGAGUCUCACUUUUCCCGAUCCGUCCACGAUCCUGCUGAUCUUUGGUUUGGGAACUCCGUUGCAGCUGGAUCGGGAGAGCGUAAUCGUGGGUGUGUUCACGAAAAUGGUAUACGCCUUGCCGACCAACGCCACAGAUUUCACGGAGCCAGGAGUUUAUUAUACACGAACCAGUAAAAGCAGAUGGAGCUUUUACAAGAUGUUCGAAAAGGUGAUGGUCACGUACGGCUUUGGCGGCAAAGAGUGUUUACUGAGGGCCAUUUGCGAGGUCGCUCACGUUCCAUUUGACGUUCAUCACGGUCUGCUCGGACAGUUGCUGCAGACUUUUCUCAAGCCGUCCAGCACGGAAGAAGAAUACGACGAGUACGAGGAUCGGGAAUAUCGGGCGGCCGAGUGGCUGGGCGAGCGAGCGGAGGGCGAAAACUGCCACGCCCUUUAUCCGGAAUGCCGCAGAAGUGUGCUCGACGUGUUUUCCACGUUGAUCACGUGA